CCGCCCAAACCGCGGGAGUUGACUCCUGGGAAACUCAUCUAAAGGGGCGGGGAGCAGCGGGACCUUUCUUGACUCGCGACCAGGUGGCGGUCAGAUUGUAUGAGGCUUAGCCUGGAACCUCUUAAGGCAUGACUCCACCCCGAGAAGGUGCUUUCAAGGACACCGCAGAAGCAGACUGCCUCGCCAGAUGCCCGCUGUUCCCUAGGGGUCUGAGGAGAAACCUUUUACUCCCAAAAAUGACAGCCGUAUUCUCUAGCUACAACAUCCCACUCCUAGGCUGUUUAUUUCUUUUGCCGGUUUCAUUUUAGGAAAUGCGAGCAUUACUACAGAACUCUGAGGAAACCGGCUGUAAAAUUUGCAUAUUUAACGAGAAGCGGUGCAAGUGCUCAGUACUGCUUCAACGACUGAUGACAGCCAUCUAUAGCGCCGGGUACCAGAGGGACAGUACCUCGCCGGACGGAAGAAAAUUCCGAGGCUAAGCGCGCAGCCCGGAGGGGGCGGGGCCAUCGGCCGCCCCGCCCCCGGCCCUUUGUGACGUAGAACAAUGCCUGCCACGAGUCGGAACUGAGCUGCCUUUGCCUCUGGAAGCAAGUGACACGCGUGAAGGAACGCAGUUGUCAUCUGGGGCCAAUUUCAGGAAUCAUGCAGUUUUUAUUCAGGUUAAUCGUUUUCUUUUAUGUAUGGGGCAUUUGGGGGGCUCAGGGACAAAAGCAAGAGGAGAGCACAGAGGAAGUGAAAAUAGAAGUUGUGCAUCGUCCAGAAAAUUGUUCCAAGACAAGCAAGAAGGGAGACCUGCUAAAUGCCCAUUACGAUGGCUACUUGGCUAAAGACGGUUCGAAAUUCUACUGCAGCCGCACACAAAAUGAAGGCCACCCCAAAUGGUUUGUUCUUGGUGUUGGGCAAGUCAUAAAAGGCCUAGACAUUGCGAUGAUGGAUAUGUGCCCUGGAGAGAAGCGAAAAGUGAUUAUACCCCCUUCAUUUGCAUAUGGAAAGGAAGGUUAUGCAGAAGGCAAGAUCCCACCUGAUGCAACAUUGAUUUUUGAGAUUGAACUUUAUGCUGUGACCAAAGGACCACGAAGCAUUGAAACAUUUAAACAGAUAGACAUGGACAAUGAUAGGCAACUCUCUAAAACUGAGGGUAUUAGUAAGGACCUUCUCCUGAAGGUCCUUUGCUGCUCACCAGUGGAAGAGGAAUAUGUGAAUGUGAACAUACCCCAUUCCUGAAGAAGGAGGACAAUUAGAGGUCUGGAAAAUUCAUCCCAGUAUGUGCUUUGCGUUGACUCCGUAUGACUUGUAGAGUGAACAGCAGCAGAUGAAUUCACAUGAGACCCAAGAGCUCAGCCUGUGCACACAGACCAUUCAUUAUCAACUGCACCCAAAAAGGCAUGUUCUGCGGUAUGAACACUCCCUCAGGAGACCUUAUGAGAUCUUUAGUUUUUUCGGGAAAAUAAAAGUAGAGAAAGUCCAAAAACA